GAGGACAAGAGAGCACCCACAGAAAAGAACUAGAGUGAGCUCUCUGGAGAAGCCUAUAACUGCUUGUGAUCACAGUCACUAUUUACAUUUCACUCUCUCCAGAUUUAAUCAAAGGAACUGUUCAGAUGCUGGGUAUAUACAGAGAGCUGAGAUGAUGUCACAGGUGGUGAAACAUGCAUCAGGGUUUCUGCUGGUCAGAGACAUCGACUCAAUACCUCUGUCAAAAGGUAAGAAUAUAAAAACUCAACUACCCUCUACCAAGAUGAGCCGACAGGAACUAGAGGACAGUCUCUUUCGACUUCAGGAAGAUCACAUCUUGUUGAAGGAGCUUUUUUGGAAGCAAAAGGAUGAGAUCAAAAGGCUGAGGACGACCUUACUCCGAUUGACCGCCGCUGGUCGAGACCUGCGGCCGGAUGCGGCAGUGGCGCAGUUCCCAAAGCCCACAAGGCGGCGGCGGAAAGCGGAGUGGCGGCAGCGCUUCCCGGUGCAUCAGAGCCAAGCCAUGAAUCAGCGUCCGCCCAUGCACCAGCGCCAAACCCUGCGCCAGCGCGCCCCGGUGCACCAGCGCCCUCUGACGCAGAAGUUGCAAGCACAGGUUCAGCGCCUCAGUCUGUCUGCUCCGGGUGGUGGCCAGGCUCGGGUCCACGUGGGACGCAGAAGACUCCAUACCGCUGGUGGGAGGGUGCCUGAGAAAUCUCAGGAGGGGUCAAGAGACAGGCUGAGCUACACAGCCCCUCCCACAUUUAAGGAGCAGGUGACAAAUGAGAAAACCAGAGAUGAAAUAACCAAUAAGCCCAGCAGCGAACUUGCCCACAUUAUGGCCAACAAUACUAUGCAAGUGGAAGAACCACCCACACCUCCUGAGAAAAUGUGGUCCCAAGAUGAAAAUUUUGAACAGAGAAACUCAUUGGAGUGUGCCCAGAAGGCUGCAGAGCUACGCAAUUCCAUUAAAGAGAAUGUGGAACUGAUUCGACUCAAGAAGCUCUUACAUGAAAGGAACACCUCCCUGGCAGUGACAAAAGCACAAUUAACUGAAGUUCAAGAGAAUCAAGGAAUCCUGAGUGCAGCCCAUGAUGCCCUACUCAGCCAAGUGAAUGAGCUCAGAGAAGAACUGAAGGAAGAAAGCAAGAAGGCUGUGAGCUUGAAGAGCCAACUAGAAGAUGUGUCUAUCUUGCAGACAACUCUGAAGGAGUUUCAGGAGAGAGUCGAAGAUUUGGAGAAAGAACGAGAAUUGCUGAAUGACAGUUAUGACAGACUCUUAGAAAACAUGCUGGACAGCAGUAAUCAGCCUCACUGGAGCAAUGAGUUCCUGGGAGAACAGCUGAGGCAGCAAGUAUGUCAGUUGCAGGAUCAGCUGGAUGCUGAGCUGGAGGAGAAGAAAAAGGUCUUAGAUCAGCUGUCCAGUGAGAAAGCUCAAAACAAGGUUCUGAAGCUUGAAGUUACCAACAUCCUUCAGAAUCAUAAACAGGAAGUAGAGAUCCUUCAAAUGACAGCCACAACACCUGAGUCUCCUGAUGAUCAAUCUGAACCCGACACUCACCCAGAUCUGUUCCUAGAGACAGCUCUGAUAGCGCACGGGGAACCAGAAAUACAAGAAGAAAAACAACUGACCCAGAUGCUAAGUGAAUUGCAAGUAUUGCAUUCAGAGACCACACUAGAACUAGAAAAGACCAGAGACAUGCUCCUUCUGCAGCGAAAAAUCAACGUGUGUUAUCAGGAGGAACUGGAAGCAAUGAUGACAAAAACUGACAGCGAAAGUAAAGAUCACAAAGAAAAGCUGGAGAGGCUGAGUCAGCUCCUAGACGUCAAGAACAACCGUAUCAGGCAGCUGGAAGGUAUUUUGAGAAGCCAUGGCCUUCCAAUAUCUGAACAACUCAAAGAUGUUGCUUAUGGCACUCGACAGUUGUCAUUGUGUCUGGAAUCACGGUCAGCCCAUGGAGCGGAGGAUGAAGUGGACAUUUCUUUGCUGCAUUGGAGUGAAAAUCUUUUUGAACUGCAUAUCCACCAGGCCUUCUUGACACCUGCUGCCCUGACUCAGGCUGGAGACAUCCAACCUACCACUUUCUGCACCUAUUCCUUCUAUGAUUUUGAAACCCACAGUACCCCAUUAUCUGUGGGACCACAGCCCCUUUAUGACUUUACAUCCCAGUAUGUGGUGGACAUAGGUUCCCUUUUCUUGCACUACCUUCAAGUGGCUUCAGCCCGGGUUGAUCUACAUCAGGCUGUGGGCAGUGAGCACCAUACUCUUGCGACUGGACAGAUUUGCUUUGACAAAGUGCUAGAGACUGUGGAGAAAGUCCAUGGCUCAGCUGUACUUACUGGAGCUGCUGGAGAAGACUGCGGGGUGCUAGAGUACUGGAUGAGGCUACGCUUGCCCCUAAGAUCCAACCUAUGGGCAUGCAAUAAACAAAAGAAAGCCCAGGCCUACCUGUCAGCCAAUGUGCUUGAUGCCUGGAAGGCUCAGGAGGAUGAGUCCAGAUCAGAAGCCUUGAAACAUCAGAAUGAGCUGCGGAUCGAAAUCACCAGGUGCCGUGGUCUCCGGAAUCGAAGGCUAGGAACUCAACCCAGUCCCUAUGCCAUGUACCGCUUCUUCACCUUUUCUGACCAUGACACUGCCAUCAUUCCAGCCAGUAAUGAUCCCUACUUUGGAGACCAGGCUCGAUUCCCAGUGCUUGUGACCUCUGACCUGGAUGAGUAUCUGAGGCGGGAGGCCCUGUCCAUAUAUGUUUUCGAUGAUGAAGACUCAGAGCCUGGCUCCUACCUUGGCAGAGUCCAAGUGCCCUUGCUGUCUCUUGCACAGAACAAAUCUAUUAAAGGUGAUUUUAACCUCACUGACCCUACAGAGGAACCAAAUGGUUCUGUUCAAGUACAACUGGAUUGGAAGGCUUGCUAUGUACCACCCGAGAACUUCCUGAAACCAGAGGCUCAGACUGAGGAAAAUGACACCAAGGACCAGAUAGCAUUUUCUGAGAUUCCCAUUGAAGCUGACCAGUAUCAAGCAAAGAGAAAACUUCCUCAGAUGGGAGAGAAAAAAGAAAAGGAACACCAGGUUGCAAGCUACUCAAGAAGAAAACAUGGAAAAAAAAUAGUUGUCCAAGGAAAGAAUAGAAUGGAGUAUCUUAGUCGUAAUGUCUUAAAUGGAAACACACUACAACAGGUGAACUAUACCGAGUGGAAAUUCUCAGGGCUUAACAUAGAUGAUGGUCUUAAAACUCAGACCAACGAAAAGGAAAUGACAUUAUCACAGUCAGCACUGAAAGAAGAGGAACUCCCACAUCCUAUAAAUGCAGAUCAAGAAUUCUGUGAACAAGCUUCUGAAGCCAGUGAAGCACAAACUACAGACAGUGAUGACAUCAUAGUGACACCCAUAUCUCAGAAAUGUCCUAAGACAGAUUCAGAGAAGAUGUGCAUUGAAAUAGUCUCCCUGACCUUCUAUCCAGAGGCUGAAGUGAUGUCUGAUGAGAAUAUAAAGCAGGUGUAUGUGGAGUAUAGAUUCUACGAUCUACCCUUGUCUGAGACAGAGACUCCAGUAUCCCUGAGGAAACCGAGGAAAGGAGAAGAAAUCCACUUCCACUUUAGCAAAGUGAUAGACCUGGACCCACUGGAGCAACAAGGCCGAAGGCAAUUUCUGUUUGCCAUGUUGAAUGCACAAAAUCCUGAGCAAGGACAUUUAAAGUUUACAGUGGUGAGUGAUCCUAUGGAUGAAGAAAAGAAAGAAUGUGAAGAAGUAGGAUAUGCAUACCUUGGACUGUGGCAGAUCCUUGAAUCAGGAAGAGAUAUUCUAGAACAAGAAUUAGAUAUUUUUAGCCCUGAAGACCAGGCAAUUCCAAUAGGAAGGCUGAAAGUUUCUCUUCAAGCAGCUGCUGCCCUCCACGGUAUUUACAAGGAGAUGACUGAAGAUUUGUUUACAUGAAGGAACAAUGCUUUUCCAUUCUAAAAUCCAAGGGAACCAUAGUAAAAAUCUCUUAUAAAGUAACUUGCUAUGCCAUAAA